GGCCAUCUUUGAUGAGGGCACGGCUCCCGAUCCAUUGAAGAAGGAGACCCGGGGAGGUCAGCAGCGGCUGUCCUUGCCUCCCAUCUGCGGCACCGACCCACCGACCCCGCAGCCGCGGCCCGGCGUAGCGCUCCAUAAGCAGAGUUAUUUGGAAGAUGUGCCAACUGCUCCUUUGGUUCCUUCCCCUCUCCUGGAAAUUAUAGCUCACAGUGGAACUGUGCAGAUGCCAGUUCAUUGAUCCGCCCUACAGAGGCUCACAAGCAGCUGAGCGCAAAUCCUUGAUCUGCAGCUUCCACAAACACACCCACAGCUAAAAUGGCGGAAGACGCUGAUAUGCGCAAUGAGUUGGAAGAAAUGCAGCGGCGUGCCGACCAGCUUGCUGAUGAAUCCCUGGAGAGCACCCGUCGAAUGCUGCAGCUUGUUGAAGAGAGUAAAGAUGCUGGUAUCAGGACUUUGGUUAUGUUGGAUGAGCAAGGAGAACAACUGGAACGCAUCGAAGAGGGAAUGGACCAAAUCAAUAAGGACAUGAAAGAAGCAGAAAAGAAUUUGACGGACCUAGGAAAAUUCUGUGGUCUUUGUGUCUGUCCAUGUAACAAGCUUAAAUCAAGUGAUGCUUACAAAAAAGCCUGGGGCAAUAAUCAGGACGGUGUUGUAGCCAGCCAGCCUGCACGUGUUGUAGAUGAACGGGAGCAGAUGGCCAUCAGUGGUGGCUUUAUCCGCAGGGUAACAAAUGAUGCCCGGGAAAAUGAAAUGGAUGAGAACCUCGAGCAGGUCAGUGGCAUCAUUGGCAACUUACGUCACAUGGCCCUGGACAUGGGCAACGAGAUCGACACACAGAACCGCCAGAUUGACAGGAUCAUGGAGAAGGCUGAUUCCAACAAAACCAGGAUUGAUGAAGCCAACCAGCGUGCAACAAAGAUGCUGGGCAGUGGUUAAAUGCAGCAAAGUGCAUUUCCUUUUAUCACUGUCCGACAGGGCAGUACCUUCAUGCUUUUAUCAUGGUAUUUAUCUACUAGGUUUGCACACAUGCACAUAUCAGCCCCAUUGUAAAUGUUGUCCUGUGUAGUUCGUCAGCUCUCCAAAAAUGAUACUUGUAAUUAUUUUUUUCUAGAUAUCUUUCUUUCCAAAGGUUGUACAUAGUGCUGAUUUGAUGGCUAUAGCUCACUAUGAUGAUUUUUGGGAUUUUUUCUUUCCUUGUUUCUGUUUUGGGUUCCUUUCCUUUUUUCCCUCUCCUCUCUUUUUUUUUUUUAAUCAUGUUUGCUGAAUGACAACACUGUUGGAAUGCUAAACGUGCUGUUAACCUUUAAAUAUACAGUAUUGUUCUUGUAAAACUGUGACAUUCCACAGAGCUACUGCCAUGCUCCUGUCUUUGGGUAUCAUGAUGUUUAAGCACUUGAACCUGCUGUCUUCAGUUCUUCAUAGCCAUUAUCUGUUGUUAUGAUUUCAUAAUUAGACAAUGUGGAAUUAUAUUACUAUAACAAGCAUUGCACUAAAAAGUGAUGUGAUUUAUGCAUUUAUGCAUGAGGAAUAAAUAGACUUUUAGACUCCUACUUAAACAAGAAUUUUCCCAUGGCAGUAGCACACCAACAAUGACAACAAAAGCAUGCUCAGUAUUCGGACUCUUUUGGGAAUAUGUUAUACCAGCAAGUUCGCAGUUGUGCCACUUUUUUCUUGUUGAUAUAUAUAUAUAUAGUUAUUAAUCAUGAUAAUUUUUUUUAAUUAUGAAAAAAAGAGGGAUUUGGCACUCACCAUUUAGCCAUUGCCAGCAAAAUAAAAGCUUGGCUGAAAAUAUGUCAAAGACAAAAAGAAAUAAGUGUAAUAUAUUGGGUUUGUCUGCUGCUUUUGAAGACUAUCUUUUGGAGGAAACGACUACCAUAUGAAAUGGUGCAAAGAAAUGUAAUUUUUAUAAGGCUCUCUCUUACUAGUCGCUAUCCCCAUGUGGUUUGUUAUCAGUACAGUUCUCUGUUGCUUACCUAGAGCUAUGCACACCAAAUCGCUGAGAUGUUUAGUAGCUGACUUAAUUAAAAAAUAAUAAAAAAACCUAAAUGAAUGAACUCUAGAUAAACUGUGAGAUAAAUAUCAUUUACAGCAUGUAAUAUGAAAUUCCUUAUGUCUCCUGUCAGUUUGUGAAGUGAUUGACAUUUUGUAGCUAGUUUAAAAAUUAUUAAAAAUUCUAGAUCUCAGAA